AUGACUGGAUCCACACAAGAAGUUCUGAAUCCCUCUGAAGACGUAGAGACUCAAUCGGUACAUGCUAGGUCUCAAUCUCAAAAUAGUGAACCCAGUCUUGCCAUGGAACAAUUUAGAAGGUUAAUGAGGGAAUUGCGUGAAACAAAAAAGACAGAUGAGGCGUUGAAGAAGGCUGAAGCGAGAAAUGUCGUAGAAGAUGGCGAAUGGGGCUACAGGGGAAAAGGAUCGAAAAAGGUAAAAGAUGUUGAUUUGCGAGAACAAAUUGAGAUGACUGUGAAGGGAUACAAGCCACAAACCCCAGCGGAGCUUGCCUUAGAAGCGCAGAUGGCGCUUGAAGGAGACGAUGAGGCCCUCAUGUGCAAGUUGUUCCCCUCAAGUCUUUCGGGAUCAUCUUUAACGUGGUUCAAACAACUGAAACCGAGGUCUAUCGGAAGUUUCACAGAUCUCUAUGAAGUGUUCAUAUCUCAAUAUGUCUGUAAUCGGAGGCCAAGAAAAGAUGUUACGAUCUUGUUCAGCACCAAACAAAAUGUUGGCGAGAGCCUCAAGAGCUACAUUACUAGGUUCACAGAAGAGAUGUCUACCCUAGAAGAAUGUGACUUUCACAAUGCCGCUUUGGCAUUCCGAGAAGGGGUGUUGCCUGGAUCGAAGAUGCGUAGGUCGUUAAUCGAGACACCACUACUGGACAUGAGGAAAGUGAUGGCCCGAGCUGAUGGAAUCAUCAGAUUAGAGGAAGAGGAAUUUAUCCAAUCAAAGCGGGCCACCGUGACUAUUGCUGCAUCUCCAGCGGACAUUACCGUGCUUACCUUGAAACCCACGACUUAG